AUGCGUUUUCGAGUUUGGAGUCGCCGUGGUCCAGCACCACUUUUUCCACCCUUAUAUGGACCUCCACCUGGUGGUGCACCUUCAGGACCGGUAUUUGCAUGCCGACCAAUGUCAUUCGAUUUAGCACUCUGUGAAGCUAGUUUUCCAAGGAUCAAAGAACUGGAUGAUACCGAUUUGGCACAAGCAAUAACCAAGCGGCAUCAGGAAAUUACGCCAACGCCAGUUGAACAAACGGCGGUUCUUGGAUUGAUUUCAAAAAUCAAGGCUGCAAUUGAGAAGAUCAGCGCUGCCCCCGAUCUUCUGCCCUCUGUGACCGUUGAAGAAUUUCGAGAGGUAGGAUCAUUUCGCAAAGGUACUAUGUUGGCUGGUCAUAAUGUUGCAGAUAUUGUUGUUGUAUUGCGUUCGCUUCCGACAGUGGAAGCAGUAUCAGCACUCGGGCAAAAAAUUGUUGAAGAGCUAAAAGCCAAUGAUAAAGAGGUGUAUGGAUGCAUUUCUCGAGAUUUCGGUUGUGAGUUAGCUGGGCCAAAUGCGGUUGUACGGUUAUUGAUAACUACAGUUCCAUCCAACGCAAAACUUCUCGAACCUGAUCUUCAUUUGAAAGAGAGCAUAAUGAUUUCCCAUAUGGCUGCCCUGAGACAUGCUCGAUGGUUUGAAGAAAAUGCGUCAAAUCCAACUAUUAAGAUUUUAAUUCGCAUCAUGAAAGAUAUUCGUAACCGUUUCGAUCAAUUGAAGGACUUGAGUGUUUGGAAUAUAGAAUUAAUUUCACAUUAUGCAGUGGUGAAUACAGCAUCACAACAACCGCUUUCUGCUAGUCAAGCAUUUCGACGGUUUUUCCAACUUCUUGCUGCUGGAUUAUUACUACCUACUUCACCGGCUCUAAGUGACCCUUGCGAGCAGGCUCGGCGUAUUCAUCAGUCGCUAACUUACGAGCAGAUGGAUCAGUUAUGUAGCUCAUCACAGACAUUGUUGCGAAUUAUCUGUCAUGGCGGUUACAAGCAUGUGUUAGGGCUGGAGACCUCAAAAAGCGGACUGGUAACCGAUAUGACAUUUUGGGGUGAUGUGAUUGUAACACCGUUAGAAGCAGCUUAUGUUGACAAAGUAAUGGAGCCCAUGUACGAGGAUGAAACUAGUGGUGAUAAAUCAGAUGAAGCAAGGACUGAUAGCAUGGAUACUUAAAUCUGAAAAGGAUUUAAUUGUACUUUUUAUUCUAUUUCCAGAUACUUUGCAUAAUAAAUAUAUAGUUUCUGGGGAGUAAAAGAC